CCAUAUCAUCAAUGCCAGCCUUCCCGAACCUUUGCUGAUGUUCCUAGGGAAUCUGUGAUAAUGAAGUAAUGCUGGCUUCCUAGCCCAUCUCUGCGCGCUUAACUCCGGCCCGUUAAAUUUCUUUUAUCUGUGCAGCUAGCUGGCAUGUCCCGUCGCGGCGGUGGAGGAGCCCGAGGCAGAAGAUUGCCUGGAGCAGAGUUUUCAUGGCAAUCCGAACCUGGAGCGGAGGCGGAUACCGCGCCCACGCCAUUGUUCCCUAAAUACAAAGUACCCCGCGCAAAACCUCUAACGCCAUUAGAAGACUCACAAGUCGAUUACUACCGAAAACUACGAGAGGCUAUUCACGAUGGACCCUUUUAUGUAGUGCUCAGCGGCCCUCCCUCAUAUGGAAAGGGAGGCCAGCCUUUACGGGCACAGUUUGACCCUUUUCAGGGGAUGGCAACAUAUGGGCAGCGGUACCUGAAAAAAGCGCGGACGCUGCCCAAACUCAGUGCGGUACCAUUUGAGAUGAAUCUCUUCCCAAAAGAAUUGUGGUCCACCCUUGAUCCGAAAUUUGUCGGCUUGCCUGGGGGAAUGGGCAGCGGCUUCGGGGCUCUUUCACGGGUAGGUCAGAAACGGGGAUUUGAAGAUGACGAGGAAGAGGAGGCUGUGGACGCGGCCCGUAAGCGGCGGGCUGUUGAUGAAGAGGGUGAUGAAGGAUCGGAUGUUGAUAGGCGAGGAGGUACGGAUGAUGAGGCUGUGUUAGAAGACGAGGGCGAAGGCGAAGAAGAGAUCGUGGACGAUGACUUUGAAGAAGAUGAGGAGGAUAUGGGCGGGGAUUACAACGCAGAGCAGUACUUCGAUGCUGGCGAUGAAGUUGAUGACUAUGGUGACGGCGAUGGAGGUGAUGGUGAUGUGUACUAACAAUAUUUGAUACCCUUAUCACAAAUUCUCAAGUAG